AUGUUGCGCGCCGUGCUUGCAUUGCUUCUCCUGCGAGGCCUGAGAGCAGAAGGCGGUGUCGAGCAGGACUAUGAGGUCCUGGGAGGCGUCAAGGAAGAUCCCAGCCGAGACGUCUUGGAAGCUGCCCAGGACGAUGCGGCACCCAAUAGCUUGGUAGACGAGUGGGACAAGCAUAUGGAGGGCUUCACCCCAGAGCUACUGCUGACCUUCCCGUUGCCGGGCCGCAGCGAUGAGUUCUUCUAUGAGGACAUCCCUGAGAACAGCCCGCCUGUGCUGAUCCGCGGUGGUUUCUUUGCUUCGGCAUCAGAGGAAACUUCCACGGUGGAGUUUAGCGUCCACGAUCCGAAAGGCAAUGUGAUCUUUGAAAAGAAGGAUCAGGCCGAGGGCUUGUUUCAUUUCAUCGCCAAGCGCAGCGGAACCUACACCUUCAUCGUUAGCAACCACAGAUGGAUGGAGGAGAAGAUGGUGACCUUCGCAGUCGGCAAGGGCAACGAGACGCAUUUGCAGCCUCAGCACCUUACCACCAUGGAGGACCACGUGAAGUCCAUUGAAAAGACUUUGGUGGAUAUCCAGACUGAGUCUACCUACCUUUGGAUUCGACAGAAGUCUCACAUGAAGGCCGUGGAAAACAUCCACACCCGUGUGUAG